CUCCAUCGACGAGCUUUAAAGCUGGAGGAACGAUUUAAAGGAAAACCGUGCGAUCAGUUUGGCGAGAGGAUCGUUUAGAAUUCCGCGAGUGGCCAGAGCGAUUUCUUCGGGAAUGCAACUACCGGCUGUAAUCGGUCGCAAAGCCGACCAUUUGCAAAAGUGUCUCAACGUGCGGGUCUGUUCGUUGCAUACGGGCCGACCAUAACUUUAUUCCAUGGUGUAUGGGAGGCAACUUCGACCAUUACCGGCUACAUUAUACCGCCUCGCAACGUGAGCCGCUUACGUUAACGCGACACCCGCCUCGUCCUCUUCGCUUUGCCGCGGGCGGAACGCUCUGAAAAUCUGCUGCAACCCGUACAGAGACAAUUUUCUGCUUCGAGGGACGACAAGUGUUGCAUACCAGACUGAUGAACUUUGCCAUUUUGCGAAUGUAUUUUCACGCGUGCUUCCUUUGAAUUAAUUCAGUGCCUUUUAAUUAUUCUUUACUGCAAAUAGCAACCGUCCAAUUUAUAUUAAGAACGUUAAUGAAGUAUUUCUGAGGUCAUUUUUAUAAAAUUCUGAACUUCAAAUUAAUAUACCGUGGGUGCCAUUUAAUGGUACUUUUGGAAAUAAAUGAAAUAAAAUAAAUUUCCUUCUCAUCCACACCGUUCAAUGGAACUUUUUGAUUGAUUGAUGUUCUUGCUGAGUAGUCCCUUCAGUUUCAUUAAUAAGAAUGAGAUUAAGCAAGUAGAUGAUUCCGUGGCUUCGCCACUCACGCAGACACCACGUCGGUCGGCUUAUGAAUAAACAAAGGGACGUUAACGCGUUAUGAAUAAUUAAGCUGCACUCGAGACGAGAACGCCGCACGCAUUUCAACGGAGAACCCGUAGCUUAACGACCACCCAGUAUAUGCUACAAAGGCUAGAAAUUGUUAGCUCGAAAUCUUGUAAAUAAAGUUCAAAGGUUCAUUAAAAUGGUUACAUAAAUCCUUCAUUAGUAUUCUUACUCCUAAGAGGAUUUUUCCAGUCUUAAUUAAUUCGUAAUAUUUAAUUAAUUUAUUCUUCCGUCUUUGGAUGAAACUCGAAGCUUUGCGUUGUUAUUUAUACAAUGCCCGUGCCAUUUCGCUGACUAAUUUGCUUUCAACGCUGUGCCCGUGCUCCAAGCAAGAAUAAUUUUGUUUAAAUCUGAAAUGUUUGUCAACCGACAUCCAGGUUAUAAUAUAAGCUCCGUUGCAUCGGUGCAGUUCGGUGCAGUUUGCAAAAUAUUCCUUCGUGGAAGCACGUCGAUUUAUUCGUUUUAUAAUUAAACUUAGCUGCGAUGAAGAGGUUCGUGAUUCUUGUUUGCAUUCUUAUCAGCGCAACGACACGAGCACUCGAGGUAGAAAUAAUCUCAAGAGUAAUGAACGUGCCAGUGAAGGAUUUAGCAGAAUGCCUGCAGAAGAAUAGAUUAACCACUGAGGACAUAGAAGAUUUGGAAAACAUAUUCGAUGAUCAAAAUGUAUCUUUAUCCGAAUACUCCUCUAACUUUGGUUGCUUUGUUACCUGUGUUUUCGAGAAAUCGCACAUAAUUGAAAAUAACCAGAUUCAAUUGAAUUCGUUAAUUGAAUUAGCCAAACGUAAUAAGUUCCCUUUGAGCGAGGCGAUGAAGCAGAAUUUGAGGGAGUGCAUCGACGAAGCGGAACAAGAAGAUGACGAGUGCAAAAUUGGUCUCACUUUUUCCUCCUGUUUAAUACACAAACUUCGACAAUAAAAUUAUUGUGACACUAUAAACAAACAGCAUCCUUUUCUUUAUAAAUAUAAGAAUAUUCUGAUUGUAAAAACGCAGUAACUGUGUUUGACUGAACUUGGAACAAAAUAUCCUGACACUAAUUUAUUUUGAUUUGUAAUUUGAAAUUAGUAAGUUUCAAUUAAUAUUAUGGUUUUCAGGAUUCUCAAAUAUUUUAUUUUUAUAAUUUUUACAAAAUAUUAUAAAAGAACCGACCUAUCA